UAACUGAGAGAAUUUUAUAUCAGCUGUUUUUGACAUUUGUUUUCAUUUCGUUUUUCGUGUUUCUUCAAUUAGUUUCUGAAAGUUGUUUUGUAUUUGUGGACCGUAGACGUGCUCUUUUGUUAUUCAAAUCUAUUUUAUAUUUUAAAAAUGUAUUCAAAAGAGAUAAGUGUAUUUUAUAAAACAAGUUCGAAUGAUUUUAAAAGAAAUCUGAUAAGAAUAAUUGAAAAACAUCCAAAAGUUUGGAAUGAAACUAAGCAAGUAGAUGAUGAGUGGGAAAUUAUUCGAAAAGAAAUGAGUGGAAUGGGUACAAUAAAACAAUUAAAGGCAAUAUGGUCGACCUUAAGAUCGUUAUACUUUCAAAAAAUCUUCAUUCGAACCAUUGAAUGCAACCGCGAAGCACCACAGUGGCCAUUUUUUCACGAUAUGACUUUUAUGUACGCAAGCGUAAAAGAAGAAAUUCAAGAAAAACUUGGCGGUAUUUCACCGCCAUUAUUCAGACGAAGUCCCGAUCAAACUUUGCCAUGUCCAUGUUGUGAAUAUAUUGAUGAGUCUGAUUCGAAAUCAGAAACUCAAAUGGAUGAUGAGUUUAUGGAAGAUAUAAAAUUAGAGGACGAAAUGGCCACUGCAGAAACAGUACUCGAAAAUGACAAUAUGUACGAGUACAUUGAUGAAAACGAGUACAUUGAUGAGAACGAAGAAAAUUCUACAAGUUCCAAAUGGGAAAGCGAAAAACAAUCACUUCAACCUCAACAAAAUGAAACGACUCUAAUUGAUUUACAAAAUCAAGAUGCCACUUUUAAUGAGGCCAAAGAAGAAGAUGAAUUCAGAACUGAAUCGGCAAGUUUUGAUCCUUCUUCAGUGUUACCUCAGACCCAAGAUAAUGACGUUAAUGAAAUUGACACAUCUUUGCAAAAAAAUAUGGACCCACUUGCUGUCGAAUGGCCUCGGGUAUCACAAAAACCAGAAUCUUCAAACAUUCAAAUCCUCGAAACCCGGUUGGAGAAAAACGAUUCCCAUAGUUUUGAUUUUGAUGAAGAAAUUUCGAUAAGUUUCAAAUCGGAAAGCGAAGAACAGUCUAACUCAUCGGAAUCUCAACCAAAUCAAAUGAAUCCAUUGGAUUUACCAAGUGGAGAUGUAAAGAAAGAAGAGACUUUUGAUGAAAUCAUUGAAAUUAUGAAAGAUGAUGAAACAGAAUGUCCAAAUCUUCAUAACAAGACUGACGACAAUCACACUUCAAUAAACAUGCCUUUCCCAGUGCAUUUGAUUAAAACAAGCAAUGCAAUAGUUCAGUGUCAAGGUAAAGAUACAAGUUCAGUUCAGGAAAAAAAGGUAACCUACAUACGGUCCGGUAAUAUGAAAUUCAUAGUUGAAAAAUUCAAAACGGCAAAUCAAUCACAGUAUCGAACUAUAAAAUGGCUUGAACUUAUUGAAGCUGUCAAAGCCAAUCCAAUAAUUUAUGACACAUCCUUACAAACUAAUAAGAAGACAGUUAGUGAUGCGUGGAAACGAAUAUCCGUGCAAUUAUUGGGACGUUUAUGUGUUGGGUCAAUCAAAGACCGUUGGGAUUGGAUCACAAAUCAGUAUUUAAAGGAAUUGUUAUAUGAGCGUUAUUACACAGGGCGAGAAAAAUCCUGCUGGGAAUUUUUUAAAAACAUGGAAUUUCUACGUCCAUUCAUGCAAGGCAAAAUUAAUGAACCCCUCUAUUUACAUUUGAAAAUUAAAGAAAAGAAUCAAGAAAUUCCCUCAAAAAAAAAACCUGCAUCUAAGUCAGAAAUUUUAAAUGUUCAAUUAGACCCGAAAAUAUUUAAUAAAAUGAGAGAAACAGUUAAAAAGAAUCAAAAAACUUCCUCAAAAAAGACACCUGCAUCUAAGUCAGAAAUUUUAAAUAUUCAAACAGUUAAAAUUACUCAAGAAAGUCCCUCAAAAAAUGCACCUGAAUCAAAUCCAGAGCGUUUAAAUGUUGAUCCACUUUCGAAAACAUAUAGCAAACAACCUGAACCGAAGAAUCAAGAAAGUUCGUUAAAAAAUGCACCUGAAUCUAAUCCAGAACGUUUAAAUAUUUCGAAAACAUAUAGCAGACAACCUAAACCGAAGAUUCAAACGCCGCCCGUCGUGGUUCCAGUUAAGUUGUCGGUCCUGCAAAAAAGAGUCGAACCUAUUGAUCUCCCAAAUGAUGAGCAAAAAAAUUUAAAAACAAAUUGUACGAUUGAAGAAUAUCUACCUUCUACUAAGAAAAGAAAGUUAAGUACCGAUUUUGAACAAAGGCUGCCUUCACCAACUAAUAUUCCAAAAGCACCACUUUCACCUCCUAUCUUCCCUGAUAACGAAUUUGUACCAUCUACAGAAGAACCAUCACCAGAUCCAUUACAGUUGCAGCACAAUGAAAAAUCUCUUGCAGCAUAUAUGGCAACAAAAAAACAAACAGUGGCAACAUAUCAAUCCACAGGCAAUAAGCAAUUGCCAAGUUGGCUCAAAAAAUACCCAAAUAUUAAAAUUACCCCAGUACCUAAAAAACUUAUACCUUUUAAACAUACGUUUGUUCAAAAGUCUGUUCCUGAAACUCAAACUCAACCUAGUCAAUAUACAGAACGGCCUGUGGUUUCUAAUUCGAAUUCGAUUUUUUUAAAUCGAUCUGUUACAAUGACACCUUUAAGUGGAGGCGUUACAAGUGCUAUUAAAGACUUAACAAGAACUCAAGGAAUACCAAUAAAUACGAGAAUUGAAGAAGUCAAAGUUAAAACACCAGUAAAAGUUGUAAGAGUAAAGAAACUAUGCAAAAUACUGCCAGUAGAAGCUCAAACAUAUAUUGUGCCUCCUCAAAAAGUCCAUUAUCAUCCUCCGACUUGUGCUUCAAAGCUAGAAUUUGCCGGCAAUGUAAACAAAGAUGCAGAAAUAGAUACAGGAAGAAGAAAAAGUAAUAAAGAUGAUGCUAAUGUUAUAUUAUGCGUAGAUGAUGAGCAAAUAAAGAUUGAAAAAAUUUAAAAUA